GGGCCCGUGCGGUCACGUGUCAUGUGUCCAGGCGGACUAGACAGACUUGAGCAGUCAGCCCGGAGCGUCGUGAAGGCGUCAUGGAGCUCUAUCUGGACCUGCGUUCUCAGCCCUGCCGCUCCUUGUUCAUGUUCGCCAAAGCCGCCAACAUCCGGUUUGACUUUAAACUGGUCGACUUGGCCCAAGGGCAGCAAUUCGACGAGGACUUUGUGAAGCUGAGCCCAGUAAAGAAAGUUCCGGUCAUGAAGGAUGGGGAUUUUGUUCUAACUGAGAGCGUGGCCAUCCUGCAGUACCUGGUCCAGAAACACGCCUCCUCGCUGCCGGACCACUGGUACCCCGCCGACCUCCGUCAGCGGGCGCGGGUCAAUGAGUACCUCUCCUGGCAGCAGAUGAACCUGCGAGCUCACGGGUCUAAGGUCUUCUUGCUCAGGACCAUGUACCCGAUGGUCAUGGGCCAGGAGGUCCCCAAGGAAAAGAUGGCCGACGCCGUGGAAGAUCUCAACCAGUCUUUGGACCUGCUGGAGCAGAAGUUCCUCCACAACCGAUCCUUCAUUGCGGGCGAACGGAUCUCCCUGGCCGACCUGGUGGCUUACGCAGAAAUCCUGCAGCCCGUCGGGAGCGGCCUGGACGUGUUUGCGACCCGUCCCAAGCUGGCGGCGUGGCGGGACGGCGUCAAGGAGGUGCUGGGACCGGCGCUGCUCGAGGAAACCGACGAGGCCAUCAUGGCGUUCGGAAGUCUGUCGCAAACGCUGGAGAUGAGCGAGGGGAUGAAAGUCUUCAAAGCCAAGUUCACCAAGAUGUUUUCCUGAAGGCCGCCGCCGUCGCCAGCGUCGCCGCCAACCGUGUCCAUCGCGAAACAACUCACGUCAUUAAAUGAUGAUAAUAAACACUUGCAUGAACCACG